CCACAUGGAUGCUGGGGAAUCACACUACUCACAGACUGAAGUUGUCAGAGCCUGCAAAUCAAGAUUUGAUGAGCAACUCAGCAGGGUGUACACCAGGGCUGUGUACAAUGAAUACAAGAGGGAAUAUAUUAACAGCACAGCUUUUGUGAUAGAGCCUGAUCCGGGAGUGGAAUGCGGUUACUUGGUGAAACAUGAGAAAGGCGAUAGGACAUUUUGCUGGGCACAACACGCAUUCAAAGUGGUGGCUGACAAAGCAGCAGGCGUGUAUAAAUGCGAAUGCAUGCAGUGGGAGCAUACAGGUCUGUUCUGCAUGCACAUAAUAAAGGCAUUCACCCACCUCCAAGUCCAAAACAUACCUGAAAAGUACAUUUUGAAGCGAUAUACACGUGAUGCAAGAUCUGUGGUUCCGUGGGACCGGCACGAUGUGAGUGUUGGUGGUCAAAAUGAGACAGAGCAGUCAAGGUUGUCGAAGCUGCUGCCAAAGUUAAUGCGACUGGGAAGAGCGGGAAGCAAAUCUGAUAGAGCAUACACUGAAACUAUCAGGCACAUCGACAUGAUAACUCCUGGGAUUGAGCUUCUACGAACAGCGGAGAUUGGUCCGAUUGGUCCGGACGAAGCAACAAAUACUGAGUUGCAGCAAGAUGCAGAAGGACGGCGGAAUAUUGGUCCCAUUGCACCAACACAACAAAGUUCUGACAACAAUAUAGAACCUGUUGUGAUGCCAACUGGACCUACACCACCACCGGAAUCGGGCCUGAAUCCAGAUUCUGCAAACUGCCUCACUGAUCUAAGAUUGACUGAACCGCCAGUGUCGCGCACGAAGGGUAGGAAGUCUGCCAGUGGGGCUAAAUGUGCUAAAAAUAGUGUGGAACCUGCUAAUCCAUACAGCACAUAUAGUGGUGGUCAGGGCAUAAGAGAGUGCCAAACCUGCCAUGUUAGGGGGCACUAUAGCACAACAUGCCCUCAGAACCCAAACAGAAGCAGAGCGGCCGAGAACAAGGACAAAAAGAGAAGUGCGAAAACUGUAGGUUGGACUCCAAGAAAAAGAGGUCGCCCAACAAUAAAAAAAGGACUAAAUGGGAAUCAAGAUGAGGCACAGAGUGAGGGGGAUGAUACACAGCAAUCUGGGUGCACUAUGGCGGUGCAGGAGUCAGCAGCACACGCGGUGAUUGCAAGAAUUAGGAGGGCGACAACUUGCCAUGUUAAUUACCAGGACGAAAGUGAUUAAGGAUGACUAUGAAUCUGACUGAAUCUCCAAUGUAAUAUUUCAAUUUUAUCUUAUUUUAUAACUCUGUGUAAGUUAAACUCAAUAAUGACUGUGUGACUGUUCGGAAAACAGUGGACACACAUGACCAACCAAUUGCAACAUCGUAGUUGCGCUGAUUGCAACUGUAUGUAUACACUGAAUAAUACAUGAAUCUGUGUUAUCUGUUUA